GAGGGAGCGAGAGAGAGAGACAGCGCGCUGGGGUUCAAACACACUCACACACACAGUCAGUGUACUGCAAUAGUGUUAGACACAAGAACAGUGGAGCUGAGAGAGACAGGGAGGGAGAGUCCAUACACGAGAGCAGCGCACAGGGAGAGAGUCCAUACACGAGAGCAGCGCACAGGGAGAGAGUCCAUACACGAGAGCAGCGCACAGGGAGAGAGUCCAUACACGAGAGCAGCGCACAGGGAGAGACUGAGGGAGAGAUGGUGCGACAAAGAGAAAGGAAGCAGGCUUCUUUCACAAUGACCCUGGCGGUGGUGCUCUGUCUCUGCCCCCCUCCCAUGGCCCCCUCCCCCCUGUGUGGGGGUCUCGGGUGCCCCCCCCCCAUCCUCCUGUCGGACCUGCUGGAGCGAGCGACACAGCUCUCCCAGAGGCUGCACUCCCUGAGCAGAACCGUCACCGCAGGCCUGGACCCCCACUUCUCCCCCCUGCUGAAGCCCCGCCCCUCCUCUCUGUGCCACACCUCCUCGCUGGCCACGCCCGAACACAAGGAGCAGGCACUCACUCUGCAGGAGGAGCUCCUCUCUCUCAUCAUGUCUCUGCUGCGUUCCUGGACCCCCCCGCUGAUGUUCCUGGUUCGAGAGGCGCAGUCCCUCCCUCCCCCCCACUCCCUCUCCGGCUCCCUCUCCUGGCAGACGGCAGAACUGUCCCAGCAGAGCCAGAAGCUGGCUAAGGGGCUGGAGACCAUCCUGAACCGGUUUGACCCCUCCGCUGCCCACAAGGCCAGCUUCGGGAACGCGGACGACCUCUGGAAGGGCGGAGCCUCCGAUUUCCCGGGGAGCGACAGGAAGUCCCGCCUCCUCAACUUCUACUUCCUGCUGUCCUGCUUCCGGCGCGACUCUCACAAGAUCGACAGCUUCCUGAAGCUGCUGCGCUGCCGGGCCCUGGAGAACGGGGCCGAGUCCUGCUGAGGAAACUGACGCCCGCCUGCCGCCAUCUUGGCUCAAGAUCCCCACAGUUGAGAUAGGAGGCCGGCUCCCUGUCAGAGCCGCAAUGGCGACAGUUUCCUACCUGUGUAAAACAGACUACAGGACUUCCCUUCUCCUCUUGUAAUCAAUUUAGUUUAAUAGACGUUGAUAAUUUCCUGCUGCUUGUUUGCUGAAUUGGUUCUGAGACGCACUGAAAUGUACACACUGACACGCACACACUUUUCCAGACUGCUGAAGCGUGACAGGAAACUGUAGAUCAGCGGCGGCCAUCUUGGCUCAAGUGCCCCAUAAUUUACAUAGGAGGGCGCACACGCGUUUAGAGCCAAAAUGGCGCCAGUUUCCUACUUCAUCCCUUUGGUCUUCUGUGUAAAACUCUCAGCUUAAACGCUAAUGAAGAGGAUAAAGCAAAUUGAUGACGAACCGAGAAAACUCGAUUGUUCUAAUAGAUAAAUGCAAGGUUUCGGCUUCCUGAUUAUUAAAAACAGCCAGUUGAUCAGUUUAGUUUGUUCUUUAACCUCGAUGGACGGUGAGAUUCUUUCCUUUACCGUCUUGCACUUUAUAAUAAAGUUAAAAACUAAGAAACUAAGACCCAGUGGCGGCCAUCUUGGCUCAAGCCCCCCAUAGUUUAGACAGGAAGCUUGACACGCGUCUAGAGCCAAAAUGGCGCCAGUUUCCUAUGUUUCUAUACAUUUGAGCUUACAAGCUAGUGACACACAUCUCAGACUUCUGACUUCACAGGACAGACAGAAAUAUACAAACUCAGCAGCGGUUUCAUUUUUAUUUUAUUUUAUAGAGAAUUAGAGCUUCAAUAAAAUAUGUCCAAUAUCA